UCAACCCAAGAAACUUCCAAGUCGUGCGAUAAGUUUACUUCCCGACGUGUCAUUAGAACGGCUGUUAAUCGUCGAAAGCAACCGGACAGUUAAUUUGGGACCGAAAGGGGCUUGAAUAGCUCUUCUUGGGACGUUGUCAAAACUGUACGAUGCAUAUGCUAGAGUCAAACGGAACCGUAAUGGACCUGGAGUUAGAGUUGGUGAAAAUUAAAGCGCACUACUGCGGAGACAUGUUGAUCACAGACCUGACUUCCACUUUAACCUUCGUGGAGCUUUGUGAGGAGGUGAGAACGAUGUGCUGUCUUACCAAACAACAGCCCAUCACACUCAAGUGGAUUGAUGACGAAGGAGACCCCUGUACCAUUUCAUCUCAGAUGGAGCUGGAGGAGGCGUUCCGUAUUUACAAUCGAACAAAAAGAUCUGGACUGCUGCUGCAUGUCUUCCCAAGUAUUCCGGAGCAGCCUGGAAUGCCGUGCCCUGGAGAGGACAAAUCCAUCUAUCGUCGCGGAGCCAGAAGAUGGAGGAAAUUCUACCAAGUCAACGGACACCUCUUCCAGGCCAAACGCUUUAACACGAAAGCCUACUGUGGCCACUGCAGUGAAAGGAUAUGGGGGCUUGGCGGGCAGGGCUACAAGUGUAUCAACUGCAAACUGCUGGUCCAUAAGCGCUGUCACAGACUCAUCCCUCAGACCUGCCAAAGGCUUAUGGAUCCAGCCAUGCCUUCACAGGAGCCCCCUUCAGAUGAGAAGAGUGAAGAGGUGGACCUUCCACUAGAUGACACAGAGACCAGAGAUGGAAGGCCAUAUAUACCACACAACUGUACAGUGGACAAAAUUGAAGAGACAGAUGCAGAGGACAUUAAAGCAGUGGUGGAUGGAAUUGAUGGCAUCAAGCUGUCUCAGGGUCUAGCUCUGAGUCUGGGAGACUUUGACCUAAUCCGGGUGAUUGGGCGCGGCAGUUACGCCAAGGUGCUUCUCGUUCGGUUAAAGAAGAAUGAUCAGGUUUACGCCAUGAAGGUGGUGAAAAAGGAGCUGGUUCAUGACGAUGAGGAUAUCGACUGGGUGCAGACAGAGAAGCACGUGUUUGAGCAAGCCUCCACAAAUCCCUUUUUAGUGGGCCUCCACUCCUGUUUCCAGACAGAAAGUCGGUUAUUUCUUGUGAUUGAAUAUGUGAAUGGUGGGGACUUGAUGUUCCAUAUGCAACGACAAAGAAAGCUCCCUGAAGAACAUGCAAGAUUCUAUGCUGCUGAAAUCUGCAUUGCUCUAAACUUCCUGCAUGAGAAAGGCAUCAUCUACCGAGACCUGAAGCUAGACAAUGUACUCCUGGACCACGAGGGGCACAUCAAGCUCACAGACUAUGGCAUGUGUAAGGAGGGGAUCAGACCAGGUGACACCACCAGUACUUUCUGUGGAACACCCAACUACAUCGCACCAGAAAUCCUCAGAGGAGAAGAUUAUGGUUUCAGUGUGGACUGGUGGGCACUCGGUGUGCUAAUGUUUGAGAUGAUGGCUGGGAGGUCCCCGUUUGAUAUCAUCACAGACAAUCCUGACAUGAACACCGAGGAGUACCUCUUUCAAGUUAUUCUUGAGAAGCCUAUUCGCAUCCCAAGGUCUCUGUCAGUGAAAGCUGCCAGCGUACUCAAGGGCUUUUUGAACAAGGAUCCCAAGGAGCGGCUGGGUUGCCAGGUCCAGACAGGCUUCACGGAUAUCAAGUCACACACGUUUUUCCGCAGUAUAGAUUGGGAGCAGCUGGAGAAGAAAGAGAUGACACCACCCUUCAAACCUCAAAUCUCUGAUGAAUACGGCCUUGAAAACUUUGACACACAAUUUACGAAUGAGCCAGUACAACUAACACCAGAUGAUGAGAGUGUCAUCAAGAGAAUAGACCAGUCAGAGUUUGAGGGAUUUGAAUACAUCAACCCCCUGCUUCUGUCCACUGAAGAGUCUGUAUGAAGGAAACGACGAGGCGUUCCACAUUCGCUCAUCCUCCAGUCUGCCCAAGCUUAGCCAAAAGCCUCUCAACAAGGCCCCGCUGGAAGCUGAAGAAGAGUCUCAAGGACUUGAGGAUGAAGUCUCCCCUCUGGACCGUGUCAACAAAGCAAACAUUACAGUGGGAAAUGUUUCUUCUGCACUACUGGGAUACCAAAUUCUUCCUUUCUUGGUAUCUGCUAGUAAAGCGACCACUCCACAAGAAGAACAUUCCCUAUGCGGAUAUGUCAUCUUGCCCUUUUUUGAUCCUUCUGUCUGUUUCAUUGUUUUCAACCCACAGAAUGUCCAUUCUGGUGCAAUGCUUCGUAACGUGACAAGAGAGCUGGCUCAUUCCGUGCCUGACAUCCUUCCAUGCCGUCGCACUCCGCAGCUUCUCUGAAGAACUUGAAAUCUUACAUGCACUCUUUUGCCAAUUUGUUGUUGCUUUUUUUUUUUUUUUUAUCUUAUUCGGUAGAGCGACGAGGGUCUCACGUGAAAUGAGAAUGUAAGAUUAUCGUACAACAAUGCAGGUAGUCCAUCCAAAAUUUGAUGCCUUUUAUUAAUGAUGCAAGUGGCACAGUUUUAUCCAGAACAAACUAUGACUUUCUUGAAUCGAGGUGGUUGUUUUUUUAUUAUUUAGUUUAAAAAGUGCCUCACAGAUGUAAUGAAUUACCAUGUCUCUGAUUGCACUUAGUCGACAUUUCAUCACCCACAAUGUGUCGAAACUCUGCUGGGGUUGGUUCAGAUCUUGCAGAAGUUCUUUUCGGAGCACAGUGGACCGAGUGAAAGUCAUUCAGAAGCACAGGAGCAGCGUUCCGAUCAAACCCGACAUCAGAAAUGUCUUUUAACAAAUGUGAUCCUCCGGUAUUGAUUAGUGAAUAUUACAUCCUGCAUGUGAGAAGUUUUCCUAAUUUGCACAUCUCGUUGCAGGGUUAAAUGAUUGUGCCAUUGACAAACAAAUCAUUCUAAAGGUGCAUUGCUCACACUGGAAGAUGUACGGGGGGGCCUAACCUCCUUUUUUGAAAUACUGCAGAAUGACUGUGCGGCACAAAUAUGCAGAAAGUCAUUUCUGUGUACAAGAUUGUUAUUACUUUUACCGUUCAGGAGGUACGAUUGCACCCAUGGCCCUAUGGAUGAUUGAAGAGUUUGAUUGAACAUGUGGAGUUGAUGGUGUAAAGGCCAUUCUAUCCACUUUGGUUUAUUAUCUUUCACAAUCAGAGUACAGUGGAACCUCUAAGGUCGAAAACAGUCCGGAACAGUGAUGAACCCCCGAUGUGAUCGCAUUUCAAAACAUUUCUCACAGGAAAAUCAUGUAAAUAAUCACUUUCGGGGUCCAGCUGUUGCCAUCAUAAAAACGUACUGAAACUGAAAAAUCCAAGAAAAACAGAAAUUGCCAUCAACACUUGCUUUUCACUGACAAGGUAUGUUUUCUUACCAGUCAUUUUCUACGGUAGACUAAUUUUAAGUGAUAGAGUAUGUACUAAAAUGUGAGCUAUACUUGUUCAAAUAAACUAAAAAAUAGGGGUGUCCCGAUGAAACGUUUUCAUUUCCGAUACGAUACCGAUAUCGCACUCUUAAUUAUUAGCCGAUACCGAUCCGAUAUCAGCACAAAUCAUGCAUACCUUUAUUACUUACUUUGUAGCGCGGAAUGUUAGAAGAGGCUUGAUCAACUGAUGCUAGUCAAAUAGAGAACAACAAUAGGGAUUAGUCACCACCGAUGGGCUUGUCAUAGAGCACAAUACAUGGGCCUGUCUUUCCCGUUAUAGCUAAUAACAUUUUGCCAUCUUAUGGGCUUUUCUCACGCUUUGGUUAAAAUGUUUUGGACAGCGCUGGUUGUUUGAGGGAGUCGGAGAUUUGUCUCCUUGUCGCUUGCAAAAAUCCUCAUGCUGUUUUUUGUGGUGCUGCUUCAAAUGCGCAGUGAGGUUGGGCCAACAGCCGUCCCUCAUUUAUCAUGGUUAACUGGUUUCAGACCCGACCGCGAUAAGUGAAUUUCCGCAAAGUGGAAUAUUUUCAAACUUCGAGCAUAGAAAACCUGUUUGUGACUUUGUAAAUAUGUUUUUUUGUAUCAUAAGUAGAGCCCUGUAGACAUGAAAUAACAUCCCUAUAGUCACCUUUACACAGGCUACAGGAUCAAGUUUUUCACUCAGCUGCAACUUCUUUUUUGGACUUUUAGCAAAAAAUACUGCCACACGACUGGCAUCACUUUGCUACUUUGUAGCACACGCAGUUGUGAUCACGUGGGCUCUAUCCGGGUGUUGCUAGAAGUGCUUAUAUCGCAGCUUUUAGAUACUCCGGUACUGUUUUUUGCUGAUAACGGACCGCAUAUCGGAUCUGGACGCCCCUACUAAAUAACCUGCAGACAGAACAGGAAAAUAUUUCUUGACAAAAUGCCGAAAACAAAUAAGAUGGUGUUUCAGCAAGUCAAAUUUGAUUCUGCUUAUUUUAUGUUUUAUAUAUAUAUAUAUGUAUAUAUGUGUGUGUGUGUGUAUAUAUAUAAGUGCUGUCAAGUUAUGAUUUUUUUUAAAUCUGAUUAAUAAUGGGUUUCAAAUUCAUUAAUCAUGAUUAAUCAACAUUUGAAAUGAUGUCUGAAAUAUUCCCAUUUAUACCGUUUUAUUGACAAAAAGAUAAAUUGAUUAUACGUACUGUAUUUGCACGUAUAAACUGCUCCAAAUGAAUUGGAAAAAUUCAAUCAAGCUAAAAGAUACCACACGUCUUUAAAAUCUAUUAACCUAACACUAGUUUCUUUAAUAGUAGCAGAACAUUUGAAUCACACUUUAACCGUGUUGUUAUGAGCAAUGAGGGGUUGCGUUCAAAAACACCACGUCAUUUAAGUAGGAUGCACAUUUUUAGUAUUUUCUUGGAUUUCCGAGCAUACUUAAACGCAGCAAAGUGUACUUCCGCUUUAGAGUUACAAAGUGAGUGAUAAGAAUAUUCACUUACUGUUAAUUAGACGCAUAAUAAAGACGUUUUGUGAUGUUCGCAGUGUCCCUGAAUGCAUCGCGCGGUCGUGUGGUGACAAUGAGGAAGUGUUGUUCCGACGACGAAGGGACAAAAGACGCGUUUGUGAGUUGGAAACACAUAUAUAUUGUUGGAAUUGCACCGCCGUUGAUGAGCUCAGGUUAGAUUAAAGUUCUAAAAGAGCGUCAGACUCUGUUUGACUCUGUGGGGAACUACACUGUUCUGCCGUCUGUCGUCAUAACAGUGAGAUGUGCCUUGCCAUAAGGCGCUAAUUACACUAAAAAAAAAUUAUGAAAUGUAAUUAAUGAAAUAAAUAAAUUAGUUACCGCUAUUAACGCGCUAUUUUUGACAGCCCUAAUAUAUAUAUACAUACAGUGUAUAUCACUUUUUGAGUACACAUUACAUACAAUAAGACAAUUGGGCUAACAUUGUAAGAAAAAUGAUCAUGCAAUUCAGAAAUAAAUAUUUAUUGUCCUGGCUUCCAGGCAUUUAAUCUUGCUUACAUUUCUGUUUUUGUUUUGAAGGUAAUGUUUCCUGUAAUAUUUUUACAUUCUUAACUGUCAUAAGUGCACAAAAAUCAUCAACCAUUUAUCAUGGUUGAUUUAUAGUUUAAUCAUCAAGCUUACACAUUUUAUUUUUAGUGUAAAAAGAAGUCAACCACUGUAAAAACGCAAAAACUAUCAGUCUACCUUAACUGCGAUGACAAGUCUGUACGCCAGAAUUUGCUGCAAUAGCUAAAUUUCAUCUGUUGUCCGAAAGUAUUGACAACACACAUGCUGAUGCUUCUUCUCUUAACACCCUUUUACCGAGGCUGGUCCUGACAAUUUUUAUUUAUUUUUUUUAAAGCCAAAGAAAACGCAAAAUGUGUUUUUCUUCUCGCGUUGCUGAUGUUUCCUGUGACGUCAUGAGUUCAAGUUUUGUGCGUAUUAGAGGUGUAUUUUGCGCGACCUCGGGGGUGUUUCACUUUCGAGGUUCCACUGUACAGGUGGUCCUCGGGUUACGAUUGAGUUCCGUUCCGAGCCUGUUAAGUACGUCAAGUUUAAGCGCAAGUCGGAACUUGAACACCUAAGUCCCUCACACUGUAAACAGAACACAUGAAGAACAUUACCGGGAAAAGGAAGUGGCAAUAAUGAGACCACUACACUGCUUAGUUAUCACUGUCCAUUUCAUAGGAGCAGAACCUCUCACUUGUUCAAAGAUACCAUCUUUAUCCUUCACGAUGGUCGCUACGUAUCAGCAGCUCGGCUCAGGCAUGCCACCAGUGUUGAUUUCCCCACCGAGCGUUUUUUGGUGUUAUUUUUCACUUUCACUUUCUUUUAUGCACUGCCACCAGAAAGGUCUGCCUCAGGCUUGGGAACAUCAUGGAGGUUGAAGUAUAAAAAAGUGAACUAAAAAGAACAACAGUGAUGAUGUCCUUCUUCAGUGCGUGACUCGCCACUACAUAUUACUCCACCUACGUAUUGUUCCACCGCGCCCACGUAACUAGUUCUAUCUUUUUGUACAGCAUUAAUUUAUGGGAGUGCGUUCAGAACCUGAAAACGAGGACCACCUGUAAUUGAUAAAAGCUGAUACAUCCAGUUGGGCCCCCACAUUGUGAACAGGCCUGCUCACCAGGGUCAAAUCCUUCCACUCGAGCUGUCACUGCAGGACCAUCUGCAGCCGGCUGUAAAUAUACCAGUGGCUGGUCGUGCCUCGCUGUACAUUAGAAUCCUCUUUUCGCUUGUAGUUUUACUUCAUUUUUACACUUGUUACUUAAGUGUGUCUGGGGCGGGGGGAUUUUUACACCAAAAUAACACAGAAAUGAUUUCGUUCAAAGGCAACAUUGGGCAACUUGAAAUCGAUGUUUUUUGGGGGGUUUUCCAACGUGGCCCUAAUACUCCGUCAUACACGCAAUGGGCACAAUGAAACUUAAGAGAAAAUGUACUCAUGAUUUGUUCUUUUCCUUCCUUCAAUGUCAUGAAUUCUCAUAAUGUUUUGGCCAUCAAGGUCAUAUUUGGGAUUGUUUGGUCCUCAGCAGCAGAAAGCUGCUGAAAAACGAUAACGAUAACGUCGGUCAGUGACUGCUUUGGCUCAGCUCAAAUGCAUCCAGUACGUGCAGUACUGGCUUGUUCCUGCAUUUGCUCUCCAGUUUGUUGGCUCGUUGUUAAGUUCUUUCAAAUACAUGAACCUUAGGACGCUUGGCUCGCACUAUUAGCACCUUUUUAUUAGUCCAUCGAAAUUGUCUAAUCGCCAAACCUUAACCCUCCUGUUGUCUUUUGUCAAGAAAUAACGGGAAGGGAGAGCAACGUGUGAAAUGUCCAUGAAAUCAAAGACGUUAUCUGUGAAUAUCGACCCGGUCUAGUCCCUUCUGAAAUGACUUUUUUAACAUGCUCACAAGGAAAUGUUCACACUCGGCUGAGAAUUAUUUGAUGAGAUCCGACCCAUGAUUAUUUUGAUAACUACAUAAUAGGAUUAAUUAGCUGAUCCAGUGUCGAAGUUUUCAUUUAGCUGCAGGCCUUGACAUGCAGAGACGAAGAGUGAGCAGAGAUAAUGAAGCGGUUAUAAAGACACUGAACACACACACACACACUUGAAAAAGCUGCAAAUCCGUAGACAUUCAAGCAAUCUUCCUCGUUCAUUAUCUCAUUUGUUGUCACCUUUUUCUUGAGGGACCAAUAAUGGAUGUUGGGGUCACUGGAACACUAACCAAGGUACCUAAAAAAAGCACCCUUUAUUUAAAAAAAAAUACUUUUUAAUGUUGACAAAUUAGUUUGGAUUCAAUGCUGGUUAGAUAGGUGUUAUUUUGCUUCACAGCAUCUUUGUAAAUAUGUGUAAUAAUUAAAAAUGAGACUGGUUUUCUGUCAA